AUGAUGAUGAGGAUGUGGCUCAGUGCUCUCUCUGAUAAUUCUAUCCUGAUUGUGUUUGAAGGUGGAGCUGCUGAUCUCAGGCUGUUCAACGGAAGCAACCCAUGUGUUGGGAGAGUGGAGAUUGAACAUAAUGGUCAGUGGAUGAAACUGUGUUUUACUGCUUCACCUGCUGCAGACAUUUGCCAACAUUUGAGAUGUGGAUACCCAGUUGGUGUCCAUAAUGCUGGCUAUUUUGGAGAAGAUUCCAGACCGUACUUGAUGGUAGGAGAUGUAUGUUAUCAAUCAACAAUCUGGGACUGCAUACUGGAAAAUCCGAAUAUAGAGUCAACAUGCUCUCAUACUUCCUAUUCUGGAGUGACCUGCUCAGGUGGAGCUAUUGAUCUGAAGCUGAUCAACGGAAGCAACCCAUGUGCUGGGAGAGCGAUGAUUAAGAUUGGUGAACUGAGUCUCAUUCUGUGUUCUACUGUCUCACCUAUGAAACAUGCUGCAGUAGCUUGCAGACACUUGGGAUGUGGUUCUGCAGUUAGUAUUCAUAGUGCUGCCCACUUUGGAGAAGAUUCCACACCAUACAUGGUGAUCGGAGAUGGUUGUCAUGGGAGUGAGUCAACGAUCUGGGACUGCAGAUUUGAAACCCAGACUAUAAAUUCAACAUGCUCUCAUCCUUUCCAUGCUGGAGUGACCUGCUCAG